AUGAGUUCCGCUGAAAAACUGGCGGCUGAAUACGAGCAAGAUGGAGGACCGGAUGCUCAGGAACUUUCGGGUGGAAAACGAACAAAAGCAGAGCGUGUUGAGCACAAACACACCAACCCUGGCGGCGACACUAGAAAAGUGGUACAAAAUGCUCAAAAUGGAGAGGCGAAGAGGCGAGAGCAGGCUUUGAACAAGUAAGG